AUGGGCCUCAUCCAGGACGUCGCUGGCACAUUGGAUGCACAUCUUGGCCAUCUGCCCGCGUGGAAGCUGGCUGGACUGGCAUUCGCAACCUUCAUAGCCAUUGCCAUCCUGCUCAACGUCGCGAGCCAGAUCUUGUUCAAGAAUCCGAAUGAACCGCCGCUCGUUUUCCACUGGGUACCCGUCAUCGGCAGCACCAUCAGCUAUGGCAUGGACCCGUACGCCUUCUUCUUUUCUUGCCGCGAAAAGUAUGGUGACGUCUUCACGUUCAUCCUGCUGGGCAAGAAGACGACUGUAGUGUUGGGAACCAAGGGCAACGACUUCAUUUUGAAUGGAAAGUUGAAGGACGUGAAUGCGGAGGAGAUAUACAGUCCGCUCACCACGCCGGUCUUUGGCAAGGACGUGGUGUACGACUGUCCCAACUCGAAGCUCAUGGAGCAGAAGAAGGUAUGCGACAGGAAGUAGACUGGACUCGAUUCAGAGCUAACAGGCUCGCCAGUUCGUCAAAUAUGGCCUCACGUCUUCUGCACUCACAUCAUACGUCACCCUGAUUGCCCACGAGACGAAACAAUUCUUCGCGAAAGACAACCCGCACAAGAAGUUUGCCUCAAACAGUGGCACGAUCAAUCUUCCACCUGCCAUGGCUGAGCUCACGAUUUAUACCGCCAGCCGUUCGCUUCAAGGAAAGGAAGUACGCGAGCGAUUCGAUUCCUCCUUUGCCGAUCUGUACCAUGACCUCGACCAAGGGUUUACUCCUGUCAACUUCAUGCUUCACUGGGCACCUCUACCCCAAAACCGCAAGCGCGACAUCGCACAGAGAAAGAUGGCGGAGACUUAUAUGGACAUCAUCAAAGAGAGAAGAGCAAAAGGAGACCUGAAGGCCGGUAACCACGAAGAGGACAUGAUUUGGAACCUCAUGCAGUGCUCUUACAAGGACGGUACGCCUGUUCCAGACCGCGAGGUGGCACACAUGAUGAUCGCAUUGCUCAUGGCCGGACAACACUCCUCUUCUGCAACUUCAUGCUGGAUCCUCCUGCGGUUGGCUUCGAGACCGGAUAUACAGGAGGAGCUGCUGCAAGAGCAGAAGAAAGUCUUGGGCGUAAACGCAGACGGCUCGAUCAAGGAGCUGAACUACGAGGACCUGUCUCGUCUUCCACUGUUGAAUCAGGUCGUCAAGGAGACGCUGCGAAUCCAUGCUCCGAUCCACUCGAUUCUUCGCAAGGUGAAGUCGCCGAUGCCUCUCCCAAACACGCCAUAUGUCAUCCCAACAUCACACUCUCUCCUUGCCGCUCCUGGUGCGACCAGUCGCAUGGAUUCUCAUUUCCCCGAGGCUCUGCUUUGGGAGCCGCACCGAUGGGAUGAGAACCCAAGUGAGAAAUACGCUCACCUUGUGCCGGCCAUGGUUACGGAAGGCGUCGCAGAGGAGAAAGAAGACUAUGGCUACGGUCUUGUCAGCAAGGGUGCUGCAUCGCCUUAUCUUCCAUUCGGUGCUGGACGACAUCGAUGCAUCGGCGAGCAAUUUGCGUAUGUCCAGCUUCAGACCAUCACGGCUGUCGUGUUGAGGGAGUAUAAACUUCAAAAUGUGGAUGGAAGCGACAAGGUUGUUGGAACAGAUUACAGCAGCUUGUUCAGCCGACCUCUAGCGCCUGCUGUUGUAAGGUGGGAGAGGAGAGAGAAGAAGUAA